AUGGAGUCCCAGAUACGCAUGAACUACGCCAAGGAGCUCGAGGCAGCUGUUAAUAAACAGGUGAACAUCGAGCUGUAUGCCUCAUACGUCUACUUAUCGAUGUCAAUGUACUUUGACCGUGACGAUGUCGCUCUGCCAAAAAUUUCCAAGUUUUUCCGAAAACAAUCCGACGAGGAACGUGAGCAUGCUUUCAAGAUCAUGAAGAUGCAAAAUCUUCGUGGUGGACGAGUUGUCCUGCAGGCUGUGAACAAGCCCGAGAAGGACGAGUUUUUCCGAAAACAAUCCGACGAGGAACGUGAGCAUGCUUUCAAGAUCAUGAAGAUGCAAAAUCUUCGCGGUGGACGAGUUGUCCUGCAGGCUGUGAACAAGCCCGAGAAGGACGAGCGCUUACUCGACCUGCACGCUGUAGCAACGUCAUGCAACGAUCCGCAGUUCACUGAUUUCCUUGAGUCGGAGAUGCUUGAGGAGCAGGCCGCAUUAGCUCUCGAGAAGUUCAACAACCAGGCGUUACUCGACCUGCACGCUGUAGCAACGUCAUGCAACGAUCCGCAGUUCACUGAUUUCCUUGAGUCGGAGAUGCUUGAGGAGCAGGCUUAG